AUGCAAGAUGCUUUGAAUUUAAUGUUUAGUGAUCAGUCUUUAAAUCAAGAAAUAAAAAAUAAAACACUAACAGCUGAGUUCUUUGUUAGUGAUUCAACAAAAAAAAUUAUUGAUCAAGCAAAAGUAUCACAAUAUCCUGGAUCACAAAAAAUGCUUACUUUUAUUGAAACGUCUCACAUUAAAAAUAAUGAACGUAGUAAAAGAAAAUUACCUCCUGUUCUUUCAAAAAAAUUUAUUAAAGAGGAAGCACAAAAAUUACAACAAAAACUUCAAACAACAACAGAACCUCUUAAAUCUAAUAGAGAAUCAUUAUAUUCAGUUGGGCAAUAUGUUAAUGUUCUUGUAAAUGGAGUUGUAAGAAAAGGAAAAAUAGUAGUAGUUUAUCCACGAAAAUUAAAUUAUUUAAUUUUGUUACAACAAUCAAUAUGGAAUAACCAACAAUCAAAAUACAUUUUAGUCCCUUAUACUCUUAUCCAAUCAAACGAAUUUAGUGAUCAUAAAUUAUUAUCAUUACUUAAUAAUUUACCUUAUUUCAAUAAUAACCUAUCACUAGUUCGUAUAAAAAAAGAAUUAAACUUUGAACCUACUUUUAUUCCUCAUCAAUCUCUCCUGGUUUGUCCUUCUUUUUCUAAUAUCAAAAGAAAAAUUAUAACUAAACCAUCUAAAAUUACUCGUAAUUCUUUUAAACCAAAAACAAUUCCUAUUCAUCCUCAAUCACAAGACUUAGCACUUAAAAUGACAACUAUUAUUACUACAAUUGUAAAAACUUUACUUAAUAAUCAAUUAAUUGAUACCUCUUUAAAAAAGAAACUCAUAAAUACUCUUCCUUUAGAAUAUCAAACAAAUCAACAAAUCCUUCAGUUAUUUGAUUAUGUGAUGAAAUAUAAUUGA